GCUUUUGUUCUGUAUCGCUCUUCCCUUCUUAUUCUCGCUCGGUCGUCGGUAGUGGCAAUGGCGGAUGAAGAGGAAGAAAGGGCUUUGGAAGAGCAGCUCCAGUUUCAGCUGAAGGAGCAGAAGGAUUCUCUCGCCGACGUCAAUGACGCCAUCUCUGGCGACCCCUCUAACGCUGAACUACUCGCGGUUCAUGCCGAUCUAGUUCAGGCUAUAAAAGAUGCUGAGGAUGGUCUUUUUCACCUGAAAAGGGCGAGGUUGCUGCGAGAGGCCGAUGCAGUUUUACAAGGAACACUUAGUUCGAAUGAUGUUACAGCUGAGCCCUUGGAUCCAGCCGAAGUUGAAGCUGAACCGCUUGAGGAUCCAAGCUACUCUGUUGGAUCCAAAUGUAGAUUCCGCCAUACUGAUGGGCGGUGGUACAAUGGAGUCGUUAUUGGAUUGGAAGGUUCUGAGUCUGCAAAGAUAUCUUUCCUCAAUCCGACAUCCGAAAGUAUGUUGAUGUGCAAGUUCUUUCUACAGCAACGAUGUCGAUUUGGUAGUUAUUGCCGAUUAUCGCAUGGUGUCGAUGUCCCGAUAUCUUCCCUGAAGAAGUAUAUUCCGACAACAUGGGAAACCUCGUUGAUUGGUUCCACUGUCUUGGCCAUUUCUGAUACCAAAGCAGGCAUCUGGCGAGAGGCCGAGCUAGAAUCAUGGGAUGAGAGGCUUGGAACAGCAGAGGUUGUUUUCCGCGACGAUGGAAAUUCAGCAAAACUCGGAACUGAUGCCAUUACAUUGUCUGAAUACGCCCAGACGAGCGACAUAGAAGCGACGGACACAACCUCAGACCAAUCCGAUUCUAGCGACUAUGAAGACGACGAAAGCUCUAACGGAUUGGGAUUCUUACAAACUACAGCCUUGCAGAGUGGUGUCCAAACCGAAACCGCCAUUUUCGCCAAGUGGGAGAAUCACACCCGAGGCAUCGCAUCGAAGAUGAUGGCGAAUAUGGGCUUCCGAGAAGGUAUGGGAUUAGGGGCUUCGGGACAGGGUAUGGUGAAUCCGAUCCCUGUCAAGGUUCUUCCGCCGAAACAAUCCCUCGAUCAUGCCAUCAAAGCUAUCAAAAAAGAAGGGAUCGGCAACGAGACCCCGUUGUCGUCGUCGAAGCGGCGCACUCGAGGCGGUAAGCGGAAGCGCGACAAGAAGUUGGCUGCGGAAGCAAAGGCUGCCGAAGAGGAAGAAGAAUCGAGAGACGUGUUCUCACUCAUAAACAACCAGCUGGCAAUGCACGGACAAAUCCUACGUGGCGGUGGCGGUGGGGGGCCUGCGAAGAAAGCGGCGAACGGGGACGGAAAGAAAGAGGACAGGCGGGCCCUACUUGCGUACGAAGACGAGAUAAAGAACCUAAGGCUGCAGGUGGGGAGACUUGAAGAAAUGGCGAACCGGAACAAGAAGGAGAAGGCCGUGCACGAUGCUGCGAUGAGAAAGCUGAAUGAAACCCGGAAAGCGUUGGCGGAUGCCGAGGAUGCACUCGCCUCGACGUCGAACGCCGUUGUCAGAAACGAGAAAGAGAAGAAAUGGCUCAAAUUCUGACAGAUUGUUUAGGUUCAUGGCUUCGUUGGGAAUAUUGGCGGGAAGGAGUAAAUCGGGCCGGGCAUUUGAGUGGCGCGACAUAAUUGGCCCGCUAAGGUAAACGGGCUUUACGAUAUCAUUUUACUGUGCAUGCCAUUUGUUUGUGAUUUAUGAAAAUACGUAUGUGUGUAGGUUAUAAUCUACGCUUGAAUUUGAUGCUGAAUGAGUUUAUUUUAUUUUAUUUAUUAUUAUUUUAAUGGUGUUAUUAUGAAA